AUUUAAGCCCAUUUUCUCGGCAACCUCGCUUUCUUGGCAAUCAAGUCUUUUAAAAUCAUAGUGCUCGUCUCCAAAUCUCAGCGAACUCGGCUAGGGUUUCAUCUUUGCGUUCUCCGAUCUUCGGUAAAAUGGAAGAGAACCUAGAUGCUCAAAUUGAUGCUCUAUUGAAUGUGGAGAAGCAAAUGAGGCUUGCUGGUGAUGUUGUGGGUACCAAGAAAGCAGUCAUUGAUAUUGUUGAACUGUGCUAUAAAGCCCGUGCAUGGAAGACUUUGAAUGAUCAGAUUGUUUUACUGUCAAAGAGAAGAGGCCAGCUUAAGCAGGCAGUAACUGCCAUGGUGCAACAAGCAAUGCAGUAUAUUGAUGAGACACCUGACAUUGAUACUCGCAUAGAGCUGAUCAAAACACUAAACAAUGUUUCUGCGGGGAAGAUAUAUGUUGAGAUAGAGAGGGCACGUCUCAUAAAGAAACUUGCCAAGAUUAAAGAAGAGCAAGGUCAGAUUGCCGAAGCUGCUGAUUUGAUGCAAGAAAUUGCGGUGGAAACAUUUGGAGCGAUGGCCAAGACAGAAAAAAUAGCAUUUAUUCUUGAACAGGUCCGUUUGUGUUUAGAUCGUCAGGAUUAUGUCCGUGCACAAAUUCUGUCAAGGAAGAUUAGUCCGCGAGUGUUUGAUGUGGAUGCUUCUAAAGAAAAAAAGAAGCCAAAGGAAGGUGAUAAUGUUGUUGAAGAGGCUCCUACUGAUAUACCAUCUCUCUUAGAGUUGAAGCGCAUUUACUAUGAAUUGAUGAUCCGUUAUCAUUCUCAUAACAAUGAUUACUUAGAAAUCUGUCGUAGUUACAAGGCUAUAUAUGAUAUUCCAGUCGUGAAAGAGGACCCUGCACAGUGGAUUCCGGUGCUAAGAAAAAUUUGCUGGUACCUGGUACUGUCGCCACAUGACCCAAUGCAGUCAAGCCUUCUUAACUCUACGCUAGAAGACAAAAAUCUUUCUGAAAUACCUAAUUUCCGAUUGUUGUUGAAACAAAUGAUCACAUUGGAGGUGAUCCAGUGGACAAGUCUAUGGGACAUGUACCGGGAUGAGUUUGACAGUGAGAAAAAUUUACUUGGAGGAUCUUUGGGUGGUAAGGCAGCAGAGGAUUUAAGGCAGAGAAUUAUUGAACAUAAUAUCUUGGUUGUAUCAAAGUACUAUUCAAGGAUUACAUUGAAGAGACUUGCAGACCUACUUUGCCUCAGUUUACAGGAAGCUGAGAAACAUCUUUCAGACAUGGUAGUCUCAAAGUCUCUAUUGGCAAAGAUUGACAGACCCAUGGGCAUUGUAUGCUUUCAGACAGCCAAGGACAGCAACGACAUUCUAAACUCAUGGGCUAUGAAUCUGGAGAAGUUGCUGGAUCUUGUUGAGAAAAGCUGCCAUCAAAUACACAAGGAAACAAUGGUCCACAAAGCUGUUCUAAAGGCUUAGUGUGUCUCUCUCUAUUGGUUUUGUGUGUCUCUUGAAUUCCUCCUCGUCAUACGGCUUUUUAUUGUAACAAGUAAAUUCACUUGUAGAACUGUUAUUAUUGCCCCAACUUUCAGAUUCUUAAGUCUCCAAGCAAUUCAGAUUUUUUUUUUUUAAUUUUAAAUUUCCAAGGUGAUUGUGUAAUUUGGGCGGUAUGACCCCGUGGUUUGCAUGCAGUGAUUACUGCAGCAACAUUUUCAAUGUGUUUGCUUUUAUA